UGUGUUUUUUCUCCCUUUAGUUAACGCUCAACAAAACUGUUUUCAAUGAUCCUCACUCUGAAAGUCAACAGUCUGUGGCAGUGUUGUUCAAUGAACUUGUCCCUUAUAUGAACUAUACUGUGUCAGUGCAAGGUGAAGGUGGUGGAGGUCAAGGCUGUUUAAAAAAUGUGUCUUUCACUACCAGUAAGGAAGCACCUGCAGCCCCACCUGAGCAGUUAACAUUCUCCAGAAAUAAUGGCACCGGUUUGACGUUGAUGUGGAAGUCCUUAGGUCGAGAUUUGGCUGGAGGAUCCAACAUUAGUUAUGAUGUAGAGAUCACAUCUACAAACAGUGAUCACAGACUAAUUAAUACGCAGUCCACAUUUUUAGAAGUUCUCACAGAUAUUCAUAAGACAUCACUUGGGGUCAAAAUAUGGUCCAGAAAUGAAAUUGGCCAAUCUGAAAAUCUUACAAAGAUAGAUAUUGAUUUAAUGUCUGAGCCUUCGUUGAAUAAAGUUAGAAUGGUAAUAGAUUUUCUCAACCAAACAUCAGCCUUGGCCUUAACCAACCUUGACCUUCCUAGUGUAGCCAGCAUACAAAACUUAUCAAUCCAUUGGUGUAUUAACAUGUGGACAUCAAGUUAUUCAGUUUGUCAGGAAUACCCCCAGACUUCAAAUGUCCCUAGAGACCAUUGGAUCAAUGGUUAUACUAGUCAGCUAUUUCACUAUAACCUGUCUGAGACCAUGAAUGAAGUGACUACUGACUCUGUAGGUGUAAGCUAUUAUGAAAUGAACAAUCAGUCUUUCAUAAGAACUGUCACAGCUGUAAGAACUACUACCAGGUCAGUUGCGCAAGGUCAAGGUGACUGCCUUACAAACUGCCAAAGCACAGCCACUAAAUAUCCUCAAGUUUUUUACUCUAUCAAGUUCAACACAUCAUGGACUGGCAUGAUUCCUGCAGAUUGUUAUUAUAGUCGACAAAUAAAGGAUGCAAGAUUUAAUUAUGAGCUCCACAACAAUACAAAUCUUGUGUUGGAGCAAAACUGUAGCCAGGAUAAGCCUCUAGAGUUCCUCAUAAAACUCUACAAAGUCUACCCAACACAAGAUGGUGACUGUCAAUUGAACAAGCCAUUAGAGAGUUGGCAAACCAACAGAAGUCUGUUUUCUCAAACAGUGUUUACUGUUCCAGCCAAUCUAAGGUUACUUUGUAUUCAAGCAUUGGGAGAUGAUGGUCUGGUUAGUUUGGAAUAUGGAUGGAUUUCUAUACCACCUUUGCCAGGAGUGUUAGAGUCAACAUUUGAUCGGUCUAUCAUAUGGAUUAUUGUUAUAUCCAUUGUUGCCUUAUUAGUCUGUGGUGGACUCUUCUCUUAUAGUUGCUAUCAAAAAUGUAAAAUAAGGCGUCAACUUGUUUUCGAAUGGACAAAUAAUCAAACACCAGACUCUCCGGAUUCACUUCACAUGACUUCAAAUGAUGCUUCACUGGAUAGUGGCCAUGUGACUAAUAGUGAUAACUCUAGCUCUGACAAUGCAACUCAUCACUCUCAAGCUAACAGCAACUCCUUGGAGUCAGUUAAUCCUACUUCAUUUACAGACCUAAAGGCUUAUGACCUUACGAGCGAUUCUGGAAUAUGUCCAUCUACUGAAUCACCAAAAGAAUAUUCAUUUUUUUCACAAAAAUCAGUAUUAUUGACCUCUGCAUUAACAUUUCACUAUCCUGAGCCCAAUCCCGUGGAAUCUAAAUUCUUGUUAGAUGGUGCUUCUAAUAUCUUACCAUCUAAUUCAGAUCAAAAUGAAUCAGAAAUCUGUGAUGACACUUCUGGUAGUCCAUCUCAGCCAUAUCCAGUAAAUACUGGUAGCAAUCCGUCUCAGCCAUAUCCAGUAAAUACUGGUAGUAAUCCAUCUCAGCCAUAUCCAGGAAAUACUGGUAGCAGUUUAUCUCAAUCAUAUCCAGUAAAUACUGGUAGCAGUCCAUCUCAACCAUAUCCAGUAAAUACUGGUAGCAGUUCAUCUCAAUCAUAUCCAGUAAAUAAUGUGAAUGCUUCUGGGACAAGUUUAGAUUCAUCAAACACAGAACAACAAGAUGCAUUACUGCCCUUUGGUUUACAGUUUGAUCCUGGUAGUAUUGGUUCUGAAACUUUCUCAGAGCUCUCCCAAUCAUCUUAUGGUUAAGUUAUCUUUAUAUGCCAAGUUUGAUUAUUUACUAAUAAUAUUACACCCACUGCUUUAAUGGAGAAAUAAGUACUGGCUGCCGAAACAAAAUGAUUGUGCAAAUAAUUUCAUUGUGUAGGAAGAAUUAGACUUUAACUGCAUGACUUCACCUAUCCCUUAGUCCAGGGCGCCACACGGGAUCUGUCAACCAUCUUUCUCGAUUUCUCUUUGUCCUUUUCCUUUGAUAGAAUUUUUCAUUGACAGGCCUGUCAAUUCAUUGAAGACUUCCCAUUGCUUACUCUGACUUCCUCCUCUUCUUCCUGGUACUGUUGGGAAGGUCUUUGCGAGCCCUGAGGACCUUGUGAUGUGGCAGUUAGAGUUUUGAGUUUACGUGGGUAGCAAGUCAACAUGACUUCCAACAUAAAUAUAUUUCUAAAAGUAUGGGGGACAAACUGGCAGUAAUAAAGGAGAUUGGAGAUAAAGAUUAGUUGCCAUGUUUUGAGUUUACAUAGUUAGCAAGUCAUUAUGACUUCCAACAUAAAUAUAUUUCUAAAAAUAUGGGGGACAAACUGGCAGUAAUAAAGGAGAUUGGAGAUAAAGAUUAGUUGCCAUGUUUUGAGUUUACAUAGUUAGCAAGUCAUUAUGACUUCCAACAUAAAUAUAUUUCUAAAAAUAUGGGGGACAAACUGGCAGUAAUAAAGGAGAUUGGAGAUAAAGAUUAGUUGCCAUGUUUUGAGUUUACAUAGUUAGCAAGUCAUUAUGACUUCCAACAUAAAUAUAUUUCUAAAAAUAUGGGGGACAAACUGGCAGUAAUAAAGGAGAUUGGAGAUAAAGAUUAGUUGCCAUGUUUUGAGUUUACAUAGUUAGCAAGUCAUUAUGACUUCCAACAUAAAUAUAUUUCUAAAAAUAUGGGGGACAAACUGGCAGUAAUAAAGGAGAUUGGAGAUAAAGAUUAGUUGCCAUGUUUUGAGUUUACAUAGUUAGCAAGUCAUUAUGACUUCCAACAUAAAUAUAUUUCUAAAAAUAUGGGGGACAAACUGGCAGUAAUAAAGGAGAUUGGAGAUAAAGAUUAGUUGCCAUGUUUUGAGUUUACAUAGUUAGCAAGUCAUUAUGACUUCCAACAUAAAUAUAUUUCUAAAAAUAUGGGGGACAAACUGGCAGUAAUAAAGGAGAUUGGAGAUAAAGAUUAGUUGCCAUGUUUUGAGUUUACAUAGUUAGCAAGUCAUUAUGACUUCCAACAUAAAUAUAUUUCUAAAAAUAUGGUGGACAAACUGGCAGUAAUAAAGGAGAUUGGAGAUAAAGAUUAGUUGCCAUGUUUUGAGUUUACAUAGUUAGCAAGUCAUUAUGACUUCCAACAUAAAUAUAUUUCUAAAAAUAUGGUGGACAAACUGGCAGUAAUAAAGGAGAUUGGAGAUAAAGAUUAGUUGCCAUGUUUUGAGAUGUUAAAAUUAUUGCCCAAUUCUUGUUCACAAGUUCAAUUUAGCCAAUAGAUAGGCUUUUGCUAACAUUAUUUCCUUUGGUAAAAUAGCAUUUAUUUAACCUAUUUCACAUGACAUGAUCAAACCAGAGUUUUGUCUCGAGGUUAUCAUAUGUAGGAUUUGUUUCCUUUUUUAAUGGAUUUUGUUUCAUUUUCAUGUCUUUGUGCAAUGUUUCAAAUAUUCAAUGUAUAACUUUUUGUUAGUAUGCAACUUUUGUUGUUCCUUUUUUAAAAACAAAAAUUUCUGAGAACGCAAUUUUUAAUUUUUCUUCCAGUCAAAUUUAUGUCAAACAUAAGUGCCUCAUUUUUAUUCAGCAAUUUGUAAGCAAGUGUGUUAUUUUUUCCUUUUGUUAAAUAUUUUUUCAUUUAAAAUGAAUUGUGAAUUUGAUGCUUUGAAAAAACCCCAUCUAUUAUGGUGUUGUUAUCUUCUUAAGUAUCUACCAGUAAUGGUUGUUUCAAAACAAAAAGUAAUGAUCAAGAAUGAUUUAAGAAAGCGCCACAAUUAUACUUUUGACUUUUUUUGUUCUAAUUUCAAUAUUGUUGAGACAUUUUCUAUGCAAACAAGAUUUAAAAUUAUGUAUUGUUUAUUAAGAGAUGCAUUUGUUAUAUGAUGGAUGUUUGUUGUAUAAUGAAUCUACUGUUGUUUUUUUAUACACUUUUUAUAUAUUUUAUUUCUUACAGUAUUAGAUAAUUUGAUAUUUUGCACAAAAAUUAACUUUAAGGCACUGCCAUAGCUUGGUCUCUUGGUUAUCACAUUCAGAGCAAUAUAUAAAUAUUUUUUAUUUUUUUUUAAAUUUUUAACUCAAGCACAUUUCUUAUUCCUUAUGCAAAGAAAAAUGUGUACAAAUACUCCUUCUUUCCUAGUGUUAUUAAAGUGUGCAUUGGGUUGCCUGAAUCAGCCACAAAAGUCAAUGGCUUGCAAGAUAUUUUAAGUCACUUAUUAGCAUGCAUGACUAGAUUUUUGAACACGGAUACAUGUAUGACAUAAUUAUCUUCACUUCUGAAGAAACAUCUGUGAUUUAUAAAAUAAGAUAACAUGUUCAAAGUCAUAUAUAAAUAGUUGGUCUACUACAAGAUGAUGCUUAAAGCCAUAUGUAAAUAGUUGCUCUACUUCUAGUCUUGAUGCUUAUAGCCAUAUAUAAAUAGUUGGUCUGCUACUAUACUUGAUUCUUAUAUCUGUUUAUAAAUAGUUGGUCUGCUACUAGUCUUGAUGCUUAUAGCCAUAUAUAAAUAGUUGGUCUGCUACUAUACUGGAUUCUUAUAUCUGUUUAUAAAUAGUUGGCCUACUACUAGUCUUGAUGCUUAUAGUUGUAUAUAAUUAGUUGGUCUGCUACUAUACUUGAUUCUUAUAUCUGUUUAUAAAUAGUUGGCCUACUACUAGUCUUAAUGCUUAUAGCCAUAUAUAAAUAGUUGGUCUACUACUAUACUUGAUUCUUAUUUCUUUAUAAAUAGUUGGCCUACUAUUAGUCUUAAUGCUUAUAGUUGUAUAUAAUUAGUUAGUCUACUACUAGUCUUGAUGCUUAAAGCUGCAUAUAAAUAGUUGGUUUUCUACUUUACUUGAUUUGUAUAACUGUUUAUAAAUAGUUGACCUACUACUGGAAUCUAGUCUUGAUGCUUAUAGUGAUAUAAACAUAGUUAACCUACAACAAGCCAUGUUGUAGUUGUCCUAAUGUGUUUGUUUACAUAUGGUACCUUUAACUUGAGGUUAAUUGUACUUUCUUUUGUUUUUUACUUUUAAUGUCAUCUUUCAUCCACUAUUUUUGCUAUAUAAUGACAAGGUUAAUAAAAAAAAUGAUUUUUAAAUGUCAGUAUGACCUGAUUAAAAUCUGAUAUUAAUGUAAUGAUAAUGUGAUCAAUAAAUUUUGAUAUAUGACA